CACACCCGUUUCUCUCACAUAUUUUCUGCAGCCAAACACUCUUUCCACCCAAACACUACAUACACAAAACGCCACCGUUUAGUUAUGGCGCCGAGAGAGAAGACGGCCACCGCCGCCGUUAGGAUGAACGGUAACGGAAACGUGAAGGAGGUGCAUUUUAGAGGUGUGAGGAAGAGGCCGUGGGGGAGGUACGCCGCCGAGAUCAGAGAUCCCGGCAAGAAGAGCCGGGUCUGGCUCGGAACCUUCGAUACGGCGGAGGAAGCCGCCCGGGCCUACGACGCCGCCGCCAUAGAGUUCCGCGGUGCCAAGGCCAAGACCAACUUCCCUCAGCCUUCGGAAAAUGUUACCCUGAAUGUUACAAAAAAUAAUAAUAAUAAAAUUAGUAGCGGAAGCAACAAUCAGAGCCCGAGUCAGAGCAGCACGGUGGAGUCCUCCAGCCGUGAGCCGCCGGCCCUCAUGGUCGAUUCUUCGCCGUUGGAUCUAAAUCUCGCUCACGGUGUCAGCUCCGCGCCGAUGAGGUUCCCCUUCCAGCACCAUCAGGUUCCGGGAUUCGGAGCUGUCAUCGGAGUUCCGUCUUCCGCCGCGGCGGCCGCGAAGCAGGUGCUCUAUUUGGACUCGGUUUUCAGAGCCGGCGCGAUGAAGAAUCACCAGUUUCAUCCACGCAUGAGAUUCGAUCACCCCAACUUCCACCAGCCCGAUUUCCACGCUGCCGGCGGGGCCCAGAGCGACUCGGACUCGUCCUCGGUGGUCGAUCUGAACCAGAACGAUCUUCCUCGCGGCGGCGGAGGGUUCGAUCUUAACCUCCCUCCACCACCGGACCUCGCUUGAUUUUGGUUUUCGAGAAGCGCGCGGCGACGGCACGAGUUAAUAGGGAAUCUUCAAUUUCAGUUUCCUUUUAUUAAUUUUAUAAUUUUCUAAUUUCUAAGAUAGAAAAAGAAAAAAAAUUACAUGAAAAGAGAAACCAAUUAAAGAAGCUCCAUGUAAAUACGUAGUUGAUCGGAUCAUCAUCCUUUUUUUCCAGCAGCGAAACUCCACCGUGUUUCAUUCUGUUGUGACUUUUUUUUUCGAUAUCAAUUUUCAGGUGUAAUCUCUCGUUUAAGAAAUAAUUAACUGUUAAUUUCUGAA